AUGGAGUGGUAUACAGUUUUACCGUCACACAAAAGGUACGUUUCCAUCAUUUUUCUAACUGCGUGUAUUUCUACGGUUUUUUCCGUCACCCACUAUUCCGUUCCUGAGGAACUAGAAGGUGGAUCAGUUGUUGCCAAUCUCGCUACGGAUUUAGGCUUGGAUGUGAAGACCUUGAAAAAACGAAGCAUGCGACUGGAUAUCAUCGCAAACAGGAAGUAUCUCGACGUAAACAAAGAAACUGGAGAACUAUUCAUAGUGGAGAAAAUAGACAGAGAGAUGCUAUGUAAUAUGAAACCCACAUGCUUUAUUAAAAUGGACGUUACCAUUGAAAAUCCAAAACGAAUAUUUAACAUAGAGCUAGAAAUUAUGGACAUUAAUGAUAAUCCGCCUCAAUUUAGGCGAGACUCUAUUCACUUAGACAUAUCCGAAUCCACUUCUGUUGGCGAACGAUUUUCUUUAAAUAAUGCAGUGGAUCCAGAUGUCGGCUCGAAUUCCAUAAAGACAUAUUAUUUAAGUGAAAGUGAGCAUUUUGCUAUUGAAAUCCAGACAGGCAGAGAUGGGUCAAAGUUUACAGAUUUAAUUCUGAAAAAAGCUUUAGACCGUGAGGGACAGGCAGUACACAACCUAAUACUUACUGCUGUAGAUGGCGGAGUGCCAGCGCGUUCUGGAACUGCCAGCAUCAUUGUACGCGUUCUUGAUACAAAUGAUAACGCUCCUCAGUUUGACCAAGAUAGUUACACAGUCAGCUUAAUAGAAAACUCACCAAUCGGAAGCGUUGUUAUUAAAUUAAAUGCAACAGAUAAAGACGAAGGUACAAAUUCAGAGAUUGAGUACAAGUUCAGUCUAUAUACGUCGGAAAAAACACAAGCUACAUUUAGUUUAAAUUCUAAAAAUGGUGAGAUUAGAGUAAAAGACAUUGUAAAUUAUGAGGAUUUUAAAAUUUAUAGCAUGGAGAUAAUAGCAACAGAUAAAGGAGCAAAUAGUCUUUCUGGUCAAUGUAAAGUUACUAUCUUAAUCACAGAUGUGAAUGAUAAUCAUCCAGAAAUUUCUAUUAAGUCGUUUACAAGUCCAAUCAAAGAGGAUGUGGCUGUAGGUACUAUUAUUGCAGUGGUCAGUGUGAGUGAUAAAGACUCUGGAGAAAAUGGGCAAACAGAUAUUCAUGUUUCUGAUAAGUUACCAUUUUCGCUUAGAGAAGCAUCUGAUAACCUUUAUGAGAUUGAAGUUUCAAAUCCUUUAGAUCGUGAAAAGGUUGCAGAGUACGAAAUUAUAUUUACUGUUACUGACAGAGGAGAUCCACCAUUAUAUGAUAAUGAAACUGUAACUCUAGAACUGCUGGAUGUUAAUGAUAAUGUCCCACACUUUCCACAAUCUUUUUAUACAAUUCAAGUUGUGGAAAAUAAUCCACCUGGUGCAUUGUUGGGCUCUUUAACUGCUAUUGAUCCUGACCUCCAUGAAAAUCAGUACUUAGUAUACCUUAUAAUUGAAAAGGAAAUAGUAAACACCUCUAUCUCCAUGCUUUUCUCCAUCAAUCCAGAGAACGGCAACCUUUAUGCACUGAAAACGUUUGAUUAUGAGAUGGAAAAAGAGUUUCUUUUUCACAUUGAGGCCAGAGAUUCAGGUGUUCCACCACUCAAAAGUAAUAUGACUGUUCGCAUUAUCAUCAUGGACCAGAAUGACAAUGCACCAGUUAUAGUGUCUCCAUGGCGAGCACACGGCUCAGUGGUGGAAGAAAAAAUACCAAGAUCCACUGAUAAAGGAACUCUGAUAGCCAAAGUUAUUGCUUUAGACACAGAUUCUGUUCACAACUCUCGUAUUACAUACCAGUUUCUCCAGAAUACUGAUGCUACAUUGUUCAGUUUGGACCAGUACAAUGGAGAGAUCCGGACCAUGAGAAUGUUCAGUUACAGAGACUCACGCCACCAACGACUGGUUGUGAUUGCCAAGGACAAUGGAGAACCCUCUCUUUCUGCUACAGUUACCAUCAAACUAUCCACCAUGGAAACUGCACUUAAAUCAUAUGCUGGCAUGACAGAGGAACCUUUAGAAUAUGACAUCUUUUCUGACCUUAACCUAUAUCUGGUGAUUGGACUGGGUUCUGUAUCUUUUCUCUUACUGAUCACAAUAUUGGUGACCAUUGUGCUGAAGUGUCAAAAACCAAAACCCAGCAAGGCAGUUCCCCCGAGUAGGAACAGUAUAAUAAGUGAAAGGAACUCAACCAUUGCAGAUUCCACUCUAGUAUCCAAUGAUGCCUACUGGUACAGCUUGUUUCUGGCAGAGACAAGAAAAGGAAAGUUGGUAGUUAGACAGCCAGUGCCAAAAGGGACAAGAUACAUUGUUUCCAGUAUUCCCAGGAGCACAGGCACUAGUGACUCAGCUGCAUCUACUUUACAGGUAGGGAAAUCCCUUUAUCCUUAUUUUUAG